AGGGUGGAGACCAUUUUGGGCUCAAGGAGCUCAAGCUCAUCCAGCGAUUCACCGGGUCGGACUUUCGAACUAGGCCAUGAGGAAGGUGAAAUAUGAUGUUGAGAUGAAGAAGAUGUGCAAGCAGGCCAUCUCGGGCUCCAAGAAUGUGGAGGAUCAUAUCUUGGAGGCGUUCCAGUCAUGGGACAAGGAUAAGAACGGCUUCAUUUCCAAGGAUGAGCUGGCGCUGGUCUUAAGCUCCCUGGCUUGUCCCACCGAGCCAGCCGAUUUGGAGGCGAUGCUGACGGAGGCGGAUUUAAAUUGCGAUGGCCUAGUCAACUACGAGGAGAUGGUCCAUUGGCUCUGCCGAGCGCCUCAUCUAGAGCAGUACUUCCUGCUGUCUCUGGACAUCUUCAAGCGCAACUUCCAAGACAUCGAUGCCGAGGUUUUGAACAUGCAGCGAGAAAUGCAACAGCUGCAGAAAGAGUUCGCUGAAAGCGACGAAGACCAGUACGAGGCAGCUGGCAUGACAAAAUGUCUUGGGGUCAUGCGGAAGCUGUUGCACAAGAUGGAUGAAGUGCAAAAAUCCACGCAGAAACGGAUCGAUGAUGAGCUGACGCCGGUGAUCAAGCGAAGCUUCAACUACCAUGACAAGGACAACAGCGGCACCCUGACCCAUGAUGAAGGCGUCAUCUUCUUCAGCAACUUCAUGGCUCUCUGGGAGCCCUUUGGUGAGUUGAUGUCGGAGCUGAACUGUGCGCAAGUGGCCAUGAUGGACCGACUGGAUUCAGAAGCGGAGGAUGAGAACCUAGACAAUACCAAGGGUUUGGCCAUGGAGAAGGUGAAAUUGGUGACUCCCGACAAGCUGCAUGCGGCCUUCAAGAACAAAUAUGCCGUCUUGCGAGCAGAGCAUGUGAAACAUCGAAGUCAGCACCAGAAGGAUGCCUGGGAGUUGCUGGCCGGCAAGGAUGGCAUGACUGAAGCUUCCGUGGUCGAAGCCCUGCUGCAUGGCCACGAGAUGAACUCGCAGUUCCUGGGAGCUAUGGGCCUGAGAGUUGAAGAUGUGAUGAAGGCAGCUGAACUCACCUGCAAAUCGAUGCAAGCAGAUCUGGAGAAUGUCGAAGAGAUCGGUCGCUUGCAGGACGCCAUGGGUGAGAUGGACCAAGCGGUGAGAGAGAUGAGUUCGCUGCGCCUCGAGCCAAUACCCAUCCAGGGAGGAGACUUCGGGGACUGCCAGCUACAGUGACUGCAGCGGCGUCUUCAGGGUGUUUCACCAGGCCCUUUCUGAGGGUGUAGUUGACAUCUGACGCUAAAUUUGUAGCGCGAAGCAUGGCAAAGCCAGCAAAAGAAGAAAAGUAACACAUGAAGGCC